CAGGCAAUGGCAAGCAUACUUCUAAGCAGAUAGAGGUUUCCGCAUUGUACCGAGGUUGCCAGUCGACUCUUUGAAAGGAUGGCAGGAAAGAGACGGAACAGAGGCGGGAACAACCAGCAAAAGGCCCCGCGAGGACGGAGUGGAGCCUCAGGCAGGGCUCUACGGCAGCCGGCUGCUUUUGCCAAAUCCACUGGUUGUGAAUCAGAGGUCACUCAUGAAAAGUUGACCGUAGCCCAGGCGAAGAGGGGCACACCAGCUCAUAGACCGGUGAGGGUGUAUGCCGAUGGCAUAUUUGAUCUUUUUCAUUCUGGACACGCCCGAGCGCUGAUGCAGGCCAAAAAUGUGUUUCCCAACACGUACCUGAUAGUUGGAGUGUGCAGUGACGAGCUGACCCACAAAUUUAAGGGCUACACUGUGAUGACUGAGGACGAGCGCUAUGAAGCCCUAAGGCACUGCCGCUAUGUUGACGAGGUGGUGCGGGGCGCCCCCUGGACCCUCGACCCGGAGUUCCUGACGAAACACAAGAUUGAUUUUGUGGCCCAUGACGACAUCCCUUACACCUCUGCUGGAUCAGAGGAUGUUUAUAAGCACAUCAAGACAGCAGGAAUGUUUGUGGCCACCCAGAGAACAGAGGGCAUCUCGACCUCCGACCUGAUCACUCGCAUUGUGCGUGACUACGACAUCUACGUACGACGCAACCUGCAGAGGGGCUACACGGCCCGAGAGCUUAAUGUCGGAUUCAUUAAUGAGAAGAAAUACCGCCUUCAGAACCAGGUGGACAAGAUGAAAGAGACGGUCCGUACAGUGGAGGAAAAGUCCAAACACUUUGUUUACAGAGUGGAGGAGAAGAGCCAGGAUCUCAUCCACAAGUGGGAAGAGAAGUCGCGGGAAUUCAUUGGCAACUUUCUGGAACUUUUUGGACCAGAUGGAGCUUGGCACGCUAUUCAGGAGCGGAGUGGGCGAAUGUUCCAGGCCCUGUCGCCUUACUCAUCCCCUCGCGGCUCCCCCAGCAGCAGUCCCACCAGAGUGCCCUCACGCUCUCCUGACUCCUCCCCGGCCUCCUCCACAGCCUCCACCAGCACCACUCCGCCCUCCACGUCACCUCCGGCUUCUCCGUCUGCUCACCGUAGCACCUGAAAAGGGAACACUCUCCUCACG